GAGGUGGGAGGUGAUGCAGAUGAUCUCCAAGGCCUCCUCUGCAAUGGCCUCCUUCCCUUGCUCUCGGUAAGGUGGACUCUUGGAGAGGUGUUGACUUUAGAUUUAGGACAAUACAUCACUUGUGAAUUAGGUAAACGGCGUUUUGAACUUUUGAAACCAAAUCUUGAUCUAUCUUUGGCUGAAUGAAGAAUGUUUACAAAUCCGUGACAUUGUCGUUUGUUAAGAAGAAGGUGAGGAGUGGGCUAUGUGUAUGGCCGGGCAUGCGGCAACUUUGCCUCAGAAAGGGCUUGUUGUACGGAUUUAUGCGGUUGUUCUCUUCGCCAUUAAAGACUUUACGCGGAGCUAGUCGAUCUCUUCGAGUUGAUCAAUUUUGCAGUGUUGUUAAUAUGUCAUCCACAUUGCAAAUUGAAUUGGUACCAUGCCUUAGGGAUAAUUAUGCAUAUCUCUUACAUGAUGUGGAUACUGGCACUGUUGGUGUUGUCGAUCCUUCUGAAGCUGUGCCUGUUAUUGAUGCUUUGAGUAAGAAAAAUAGAAAUUUGACAUAUAUACUAAACACUCAUCAUCAUCAUGAUCAUACUGGUGGUAAUGCAGAGUUGAAAGCAAGGUAUGGAGCUAAGGUAAUUGGCUCAGCAAUGGACAAAGAGAGGAUUCCAGGUAUUGAUAUAGUUCUGAAUGAUGGAGACAAGUGGAUGUUUGCCGGCCAUGAGGUGCAUGUUAUGGAAACUCCUGGUCAUACAAGAGGUCAUAUCAGCUUUUAUUUUCCAGGAUCAGGUGCAAUCUUCACUGGAGAUACGUUGUUCAGCUUAUCAUGUGGCAAACUGUUCGAAGGAACCCCUGAACAGAUGCUAUCUUCUCUUAAAAAGAUCACGUCUUUGCCAGAUGACACAAAUGUAUACUGUGGUCAUGAGUAUACGCUGAGUAAUUCAAAGUUCGCGUUGUCUAUAGAGCCCGAGAACGAGGCACUUCAAUCAUACGUUGCGUAUGUAGCUCAUCUUCGCACCAAGGGCUUACCUACGAUUCCAACUAUACUAAAACUGGAGAAGGCGUGUAACCCAUUUCUCCGCACGUCAAGUAGAGAGAUUCGGCAAUCAUUAAACAUUCCCUCCACAGCUACUGAUGCAGAAGCUUUGGGUGUCAUUCGUGAAGCAAAGGAUAAUUUUUGAUUUGUAUUUUGUAGAUAUAUCUCAUUCAUCUUUGAAAUAAAACCUGUCCAUAUUCUUAAAUAGCUUUUCAUUUUGGAUUUGUUAUUAAGCUAGACCAUACAUUUGUUACUUUUGGUUUUUUUAUUUUUUAUUUUUUUUUAUUUUUAAGAUAAUGAAAAUAUGAGUUGUUGCACGGACAGUUUACAAA